AUGACACAUCGACAUGGAUUUGAAGCGGUGGAUAGAACUUUAAAAGAUAUCUUAAAGUUGAGUGAAAAUGAUUCUGAGGAUCGUAUUUUGGGAGGAAAAUUAGUUGUUUUGGGCUAUGAUUUUCGACAAACAUUACCGAUUGUUUCUAAAGGUAGGAGAGAAGCAACAGUAUCAGCUACAAUAAAAGAAUCAACGAUUUGGGAUCACUGUAGAGUACUGCAUCUUAAAAUAAAUAUGUACUUAAUGAAUUUACGUCUUCUUGAAAAUAUGCGUCAGCAAUUGUCAGAUUUUGCAAAUUGGUUGCUGUCUGUUGGUGAAGGAAAGGUUUCAGUAAUUUCACUUGCUGAAUUUGGGGAAUCAAAUUGGAUUCGGAUGCCGUCGUAA